GAGUUUUCAAGGUUAGUCUAAGUUAUUAUGUUGAUCGCACUACACGUGUGAGUCAGUUCUAUUUGGUGACUUCGUUGAGCUUGUUGCCGGCUCCUCUAUUAGGAUUGCGGCUCAAUAAAGCAUUAACAUGUUCGGAAAGGUUUCAAACGACAGUUUCCGUGACAUCUUCGAGUCAACCCUCUUCGAUGACCGCUUCGAGGUUUCUGACCAUUACGGGUCUUACCAAGGCUCUCAGAAACAGUCAAAGCUCGGUCUGCAUCAUUUCAAUGAGAGAGGUGUUGAGAAGCUUGCUCAAACUAUUUUAGACGAACGAAAGAACACUUCCACAUCACCACAACCAACUUCAAAGGUCAAUGCCAGUCGCUACAAAACCGAAUUGUGUCGACCCUUCCAAGAGAGUGGGGUCUGCAAAUACGGCGAAAAAUGUCAAUUUGCUCACGGGGAAAAAGAGUUGAGAAACAUUAACCGACACCCCAAGUACAAGACAGAUCUGUGCCGAACGUAUCACUCAGUUGGGUUCUGCCCCUAUGGUCCCAGAUGUCAUUUCAUUCACAACUUGGAGGAGCUCAAGGAGCGACAAGCCCCCACUUCUCUGAACAUGAACAACACCAACACCGAGGAGAUGCCUCCCCUACCCAUGUUCUCCUUCCAGCGUUCUCGUAACGCCUCUGAUGUGGGCAGUAUCAGUGGGAGUUCCACCAAAUCUUCGCCCUCCCUCGAGUUGUCCGAUGGGGACGUUCUGGAUCUAUCAUUCAAUCAGAAUCAAGACCAUAAUAGUAACAGGAACCACUACUACAGAAACAAUAACAGCAACAGCAACAACAACAACCAUAAAAACCAUCAUGGUGUAUCUCUCAACUCAAGACUGCCAAUUUUUACCACGCUGUCGAAGUAAGAUCAAACAACAAUAUUUGAUUUUGGGCAUUAAAGGUUAUUUAUUUACCUAUAAGAUAAUAUCAAAGAUUUAAUAUAUAUAUAUUCUCGAGGAUUUCAAUUCUA